AUGUCUAGUCAGCGUCUUGUCCUAGGCCUCCCACGUGUCUUGCCGUCGCUGCCGCCUUCGCUUGCGCCGCCGUGUGGUCCCUGCGUCGAGGGUCGGCUGCGCGCCGCCCCUCACUCCUCCUCCCUUCGUCCGGCCACCGAGCCUUUUGAGACGCUUCACUUGGACGUCUGGGGCCCCGCCCCUCGUCUAGGCCCUGAGCGUGAGCGCUACUUUCUGGUGGUCGUUGACGACUUCUCCCGCUACACCACAGUGUUCCCUCUGGCGAAGAAGUCUGAGGUGACUUCUACGCUGAUCAGGUGGUUGCUCACCACCGAGGACACUCGUGGUCGUCGUGUCAGCUGCCUCCACUCCGUCCGUGGGGGUGAGUUUCGCUCCGGCAUUCUCGCUGGAUUCUGUCGCGAGCAGGGCAUUCGUCAGUCCUGGACGCUUCCAGAGUCCCCACAGCAGAAUGGGGUUGCUGAGCGCCGCAUAGGCCUGGUCAUGGAGAUCGCCCGCACCUCCCUGACUCACGCCUGUGCCCCCCAUUUUCUGUGGCCCUACGCGGUCAGGUACGCCGCGCACCAGCUGAACCUCUGGCCACGUGUCUCUCGACCAGAGGUUUCACCGACCAGUCUUUGGACAGGGUCCCCUGGUGUUGCGUCGCGGUUUCGUGUCUGGGGGUGCUUGGCUCUUGUCCGCGACACCUCCGCGGACAAGCUCUCGCCUCGUGCCGUCCCCUGUGUCUUCCUUGGUUUCCCUGAGGACUCCUCUGACUUCACCUUUUACCACCCUCCCUCUCACCGGUUCUUUGACUCCCGUGACGUCCGUUUCGAGGAGUCCACUCCGUACUACGUCAGGUACCCCAGUCGAGGCUACCCCUCCUCCUUCGGUAGCCUCUCCGGUACAGCCUCCCUCCCCACAGUCCUCCUCGCAGCAUGCCGCAGGUGCUAG